GCAGAACCACACUAAACUCAAAAAAGAUGGCCGAAUGAACAAUUGCGUUUUUUAAACGUACCGUUCAAGAGUUGAAGUUAUUUAAGCUUACACGGAUUUCUAUUCUUAACCAUGGCCGACGAUCAUAAGAAACACAAAAAGGAAAAAAAGAAAAAGAAGCAUAAGAAGCAUAAGAAGAAUGGUAAAAGCAAGAAACAUGAUGUCGACAAUGAAUCGACUGUUGCAGGUAGCAAUCAUGCUCAUCUGCAACAUAGAGUUGAUAAUUGUAAUAAGAAUGUUUCCACUGUAUAUAAAUCCGACGAUUUGCCCGUAGAUAAUAAGACCCUUGUUGCUGAGUAUCACUCGGGUUCAGAACUAGAAGACGGCGAGAUCGAUGACGAAAAAGCCGAUGAACGUUUGAGAGAGGAAGGUGAAAAUUGUGUAAAAGACGAAAACAAUAUUUCUAGGAAAGAACAUGAUAAAUAUGUGUGUGAUACACACAGGUUCGAACGCUCUUCUAGGAGAUCUCGAAGUUCUUCAAGACAAAGAAAUUCUGAUAAAGUGGAUAAAUAUAGACGUCGCACGCCCGAAAGGCGCCAUAGAUCUCCGGAAACGCGUCGUUAUACAUCUCGAAAUGAUGAAUACAGUAGACAUGAUUCUUACAAACCUAAAGAUAGAGAUAGGUAUUACAGAUCCCCUGACCGUCAUGGAAGAAGGUCUCCCCGCCAGCAGCUAAAGCGCCAACAUUCCCCUGAAUUAAGAAGACGCGAUAACUCUCUUAAAAGACGCCGCUCGCGAGAUAGAAAUGAUGAUCAUCAUAACGGUAAAAAUAGGUCAAGAAGGACUGACAGAGAUGACGAAGAAAUUGUUAAUAUUGAGUUAGAAGAUGAAGAUGAAGAAGCAAUUAUUGCUAAACGGCGUAAGGAAAGAGAAGCAUUGUUUCAAAAAUUAUCUACGGAUAGCGUUGACGAGUCCAACAAAAAAGAUGGAGAAUCAGAGUCCUCUAGUACAGCAGAUGAGAAAUCGUCCGAUUCAGACGAUAGCCUAGACGACAAAGAAAUUAAAGAAGAUUUCAACUUCGAUGAAGACUUGAAAGAUAAGUAUAAACUUUAUGAUAAAAAAAUGCAGGAAUCCAAUGCAAAUACUCCUAUUGAAAAUAAUGAAAACAAGAAAACUGAGUUGGAUAUGUUUGCUGACGAGAUUGAUAUGCUUGACCAAGCGCAUAAGGAAUCCCCAGCAACGUUUGCAGCUGGACAAAAGAUGGGCUUGGAAGAUCCGACGCUUAACGACAACUAUGAUGACGCUGAAGGGUAUUAUAGGGUACGUAUUGGGGAGGUACUAGAUAAAAGAUAUUCUGUUUAUGGGUCAACGGGUCAAGGAGUAUUUUCUUCGGUUGUCCGAGUUAGGGACGCGGCUAGAGAUAACUCUGAAGCUGCUAUAAAAAUAAUACGCAACAACGACCUUAUGUUGAAGACUGGCCAAAAAGAACUGAAACUUAUGAAAAAGCUAAACGAUACAGAUCCUCACGAUAAAUAUCAUUGCCUACGUCUUUUUAGGCAUUUUUAUCAUAAAAACCAUUUAUGUCUCGUUUUAGAGCCCAUGUCCAUGAAUCUUAGAGAAGUAUUGAAGAAAUAUGGUAAGGAUGUCGGUCUGCAUAUUAAGGCUGUUCGUUCAUAUACCCAACAGUUGCUUUUUGCUUUAAAGCUACUGAAAAAGUGCCAGAUACUUCAUGCUGAUAUAAAACCAGACAAUAUUCUAGUUAAUGAGAACAAAAUGCAAUUAAAACUUAGUGACUUUGGCAGUGCUUCACAUAUAAGCGAUAACGAUAUAACACCGUAUCUGGUAUCCAGAUUCUACAGAGCCCCAGAGAUUAUAAUUGGAAUAAACUACGAUUAUGGAAUAGACAUGUGGUCGGUGGCCUGUACUUUAUUUGAAUUGUAUACUGGAAAAAUUCUUUUGCCUGGAAAGACCAAUAAUGAAAUGUUAAAAUUAAUGCAGGAGAUAAAAGGCAGAGUUCCAAAUCGUCUUGCUCGAAAGGGAGCUUUUAAAGACAAACAUUUCGAUUCCACAUUCAACUUUUUAUACCAUGAAGUAGAUAAAGUCACACAAAAGGAAAAGACGACUAUUAUUACUAAUACCCAGCCGUGUAGGGAAUUUUUAUCAAUGCUAAUAGGUGUUCAAAGAAAGAUGCCUGAAGCUCAAUACAAGAAGGUGAAACAACUUAGAGAUUUGUUGGAUUCUAUGCUUACAUUGGAUCCAGGAAGACGAAUAUCUAUUAAUGACGCUUUAAAGCAUGCUUUUAUAAUUGAAAAAAUGGUUUAG